AGAGAGGCACUGAGGACACCUAACAAAUUGACGUCUGUGGGUCCUAACAGAAGGGUGUGUUUAUGUUUACGUCACAGCAGUUUUCAGAAAGGAUAUAAUUCUGAUUUAAGAGCAUCAUGUUUCAUGGAAUAUCGUCUACAGGAGGUGGAGGCGGAGCUCCUGUCAAUAAACCUGAACUAUAUGAGGAAGUGAAGCUAUAUAAAAAUGCCAGGGAACGAGAAAAGUAUGACAACAUGGCAGAAUUGUUUGCUGUUGUCAAGACUCUGCAGGCCCUAGAGAAAGCCUACAUCAAAGACUGUGUCACACCCUCUGAGUACACCGCGUCCUGCUCCAGACUCUUGGUUCAGUAUAAGGCUGCUUUUAAACAGGUGCAGGGCUCUGAUGUGGGCUCCAUUGAUGAUUUCUGCAGAAAGUACAGACUUGACUGCCCACUAGCAAUGGAAAGAAUUAAGGAGGAUCGACCAAUUACCAUUAAGGAUGACAAGGGCAACCUGAACCGCUGCAUUGCAGAUAUUGUUUCUCUCUUCAUCACUGUCAUGGACAAGCUGAGACUGGAGAUCAGGGCCAUGGACGAGAUCCAGCCAGACCUGAGGGAGCUGAUGGAAACCAUGAACAGAAUGAGCAACAUGCCUCCAGACUCUGAAGCUAAGGAUAAAGUCAGCCUUUGGUUGACCACCCUCAGCAGCAUGUCGGCCUCAGACGAGCUGGAUGAUAAUCAGGUUCGCCAGAUGUUGUUUGACCUGGAGUCAGCCUACAAUGCCUUUAACCGUUUCCUCCAUUCCUCCUAAAACUGAUCUGUCAUUGAUCUGUCUGCUUGGGACUCAAAUAUCUGCUUAGUGAAAGAAACACUCUACAGUCUCCUUGUAAUUAUUGGUAAGGAGUGUAUUUAUAUUAGGCAGGCUGGCUGAUUCAUGUCCCUUUAUGUGUAUUGUUUUUUUUUUCUCAUUUGUUCCCUAUGUCAACUUAAACUUCAUUGCCUUGUAUAGUGUACACUGUUUCUGGUACAUUGUGCUGCCUGCAGCCUUAACAAUUGGACUCUAACUGUGCUGUUGUAUAUUUUGAUGGUCUGUGAAAAACUUUUGAUUACAUUCUUUAAAAAUUGGCUUUCUAUUCUACCUUUUGGUUUUCUUCUAUCUUUAUACAUAAAGUGUCAGAAAUGUCUAAUUUUGUACUUAGGUUUUGCAGAACACCAACAAACAAGCACGAUACAAGUAUACUGAGCAAAUUCUGGACAUAAAUUUGGUAGCCACAGUGAAUGAAUUUUUAUUAUUGGAAAGGUGAAUAUAUAUAUAUUUUUUUCGUUUUGGUACCCAAAUGCAUGACACCAGGGAACAAAUUGGCUCACAGCGAUUGUUUUCUAAUCCACCUUUUAUUUCAUAGAAUGAUACCAUAGUGGUUUGUCAAUAGACGGAGUUAACAAAUAAAAUGCAACUGGCAGUUCUUUAGGGCUGUAUAAAUAAAACAUCAAAAAAAUGUUUCAUAAAGUAUGGUGGAAGGACAUGAUUUAUGCAUUGCUUGUUUAUUUGUAUACAUUGUGUCUUCUGUUAACAUGUCUAAUCUAGUGAGAAACUAAGUAAUCUAUUUACUUUGGAUGCAAGGGUUUGGCCACAUUAAGUGAGCAAAGAGAGGUGGACACACCACACUCUUAUUUUGCUUACUAAAUAUGUUUUAACCCUCAAACACCAUUAGGGAAAACAUAUUUAUUUAGAUUUAUCAUUGUAAAUAAUAGGUUUGUUUUUGAAAUAAAUGCAUGUAACAUCUUUUUAGAAAUAAACUUGAAGAUUGUUC